GAGAGCCUAAUACUGGGAGAGGGAAGAAAGAUGAAGAUGAUUUAUAUCACGAGAAGGAAAAAAGUAAAUAAAUCGAAGUAAUUGGGAAACGAGUAGACGAUGUGGGACACCCUGGUAGCUAAAGAGAUAAAGUGAUUCUCCAUUUGACAACCCUAAUUGGAGAGAGAGAGAGAGACGGAAACCAUUUUUUUAUCCAAUAAAUUCAUAUAUGCAAGAGGGUGAGUGUGAAACCAAUAUGAAGAUGAACCCUACUUUACUUUCUUCAAGAUUCACAUGAAUCAGAUCGACUGAUGCCGUUUCCCUAAUUUCCAACCAAUAUGGGAACUUUGGCUCUUGAACAGGAAGAAGUGAGUUCAGACACUUACCAUGUUUUAGAGCUUAAGCAGUUAGAAAAUGGGAGUAAAGGAAUCCCUCGAGUUAUAUCACUUUUAGCUUUACUCCUUGAAAGACUAGUUCAAGAAAAUGAAAAAUUUCUGGAGAAUUCCCAAAUCAAAGAUGUGAUUACAGUGUUUCAUGGUUUAAGACCACCUUCUCUGAGCAUUCAACAAUAUAUUGAACGUAUAUUCAAGUAUUCAUACUGCAGUCCUUCUUGCUUUGUGGUUUCCUUGAUAUAUUUGGAUAGGUUUAUGCAACGUGGGAAUGUUCAUCUUACUUCCCUUAAUGUUCAUCGGCUUCUAAUCACUAGUGUCAUGACUGCUGCGAAAUUCGUUGAUGAUGCAUUCUUUAACAACGCAUAUUAUGCGAAAGUGGGAGGGAUAAGCACGAAAGAGAUGAACAGAUUGGAGCUGAAGUUGUUGUUUGGGAUUGAUUUUCAUCUUAAUGUAAGUCUUACAACAUUUGGGGAGUACUGUUCGAGGUUGGAAAUGGAAACGACAGGUGCGAUCCAGAUAGAACGCCUUGUGCUGGCAUGCGGAAUCAAUGAUAGCUGGUCAAGCAAAGAAGAAAGCGCAAAAUGCACUUCCACGGUUGCUAGAUAAACUCUGUUUUUCUGUAGAAUUUUGUAGUGUUUUUUAAUGUAUCAUCAUUAUUGGAAGCAUUCUGAUUAGAGUUGUUGCAUAUAGGAAUUACAUGUUUAGGAUAUUGUCUGGAUAAUGAUCCACAUCAACAUCAUCUUGUCUUGUUCUCAACCUCUUCUUCAUCAUGAUUUGGGUAGCCAAUUUGGUCUUGAAUUUAAUAUAUAUUUUGCUUAUUUGAUUUUGGUUA